AUGAAGCCUACUCUUUUCUAUCCGGCGAUUCUUGCGGGGGUGUUGUCGAGCCUUGUCGCAGCAGCUAAUUCCUGUAAGCAGUACACGGUUCAACAGAAGGACACCUGCCGCACCAUUGCCAAAGCGAACAAGGUCACUUACGCGCAACUUCUUUCAUGGAAUCCAACCCUCGAUGUCACUUGCGGAAACUUGAGCAAGCAAAAGGAUGGGAAGAUCUGUAUCAGCAAUCCGCUUGGUAACUUUGCACUUCCUACCACCUCAAAGCCAGUGCCUACUUUGUAUACCACGGAAGCUCCCAUACCUUCUCCCACUGGACAGGGUACCAAUACCCAUUGUGGUAUGUGGUACAAGGUUGCUCUCGGCGAUGAUUGCUCUGUUAUCGCCACAAACAACACCAUCACACGGAAGGACUUGCUGUUUCUGAACCCAGAGCUCUUCUCGAAUUGUACCAACCUGCUGGCCGACGUCUAUUACUGUGUCCAACCUGUCGGUUACAUCUCUACCUACCCCGGAUACGAUGGUUCCUCCACGAGACCGCCAAUCGUGCCAAUGUCGGCAACAACACUACCUAAUCCACCAGUAAAGACAAAUAAGCCUGCGCUUGCAGUGAUUCCCAUUGCCAACGGGACUCGCAAAGAUUGUGUCGAAUAUACUUACAUUGCGAACAUCACGGAUAACCCUGUUGCCAACUGCUGGAGUUUAUGCAAUAUUUGGGACCAAUCCCCGCAGGUUAUGUCUUAUAACACGUGCGAAAACAUUAUGGCCCAAUACUUUCUCGAUAUUACACAGUUCUAUUCCAUGAAUCCAACUAUUGGAAAAGACUGCACUGGGCUCGCAAUGUGUACAUGGUAUUGCGUCUCUAUUUGGCCAGAUGGCGAUGCUCCAGGUGUUGAUGAUUCAGUCCCCGUCAUCUCCGCAACUACCACUGCUAAAUCCGGAAGUACGGGCGCCUCUGCUACGAACACCGCGUCUGCUACGCCGUCACCUAUUCAGACUGGGAUGGUGUCGAACUGCAACAGCUUCUACAAGGUCCAAGCUGGUGAUGGCUGCUGGGCCAUAUCAAAUGCCAAGAAGAUCAACCUUGACGAUUUCUAUAAAUGGAAUCCUGCUGUUAAAACUGAUUGCUCUGCGCUACAGCCUAACUACUACGUUUGUAUCGGCGUCAAAGCCAGUCAGACGUCAGUCUCAUCUCCCACAAGCAAAACUUCGACCUCGGGCGGUAUCGCUACACCAACCCCAACACAGGCUGGUAUGGUUAAGGGCUGCAAGGCGUUUUACAAAGUGAAGAAGGGUGACGGCUGUUGGGCCAUUGCGAAUGCCAACAAGAUUAAACUUGACGAUUUCUACAAGUGGAACCCUGCCGUUAAAAAUGAUUGUUCUGCGCUCCAGCCAGAUUACAAUGUCUGCAUUGGUGUUUAG